AAGGCUCAGCCCUGAAAAACCUUUUCCAUCCCAUAUCCUUGAGCUUCGUAUUACCAAACUUCAUUUCCCCUUCCCCACCAGAUUACAUAAGCUCUUUCGUUCAUACCUCUCGUGGUCACGCUGUCUUCAGAGCGAUGUCAGCAGCUUUUGUGGAAAUCCAAAUCUAUAUCCAACGAAUCUUGUCUGAAACCUUGCCUAAUCCACUCAUCCGGAUUGUGUCUCCGCUUCGAUCUCGUCUUUUCCCAAUUCCUCCCCUGCCAUUUCAUUGUCACCACCAAAUCCAUGAAAUAGUCAGUGGCGCCCUCUCACGCCCUCCCCUUCCCCCUUCCCUCCCCCUUUUCUUGGGGUCAGGCUCCCUGUGAGAACGCGUUCACCCCCCCGCCCUCGGUUUGAACAUGGGGUCGGAUGUGGAGCAUUGGAUUGAAAUCGCCAAGGACUGCAAAUAUCUACCAGAAAAUGACCUCAAGAAACUUUGUGAUGUUGUCUGCGACCUUUUGCUGGAAGAGUCCAACGUUCAACCCGUGUCUACGCCUGUGACAGUGUGCGGCGACAUCCACGGUCAGUUCUAUGAUCUGGAGGAGCUCUUUCGCUGCGGUGGGCCAGUCCCAGACACGAACUACAUAUUCAUGGGCGAUUUCGUGGAUCGCGGCUAUUAUUCCCUGGAGACACUCACCCGUCUGCUCACACUCAAGGCCAAAUAUCCGGAUCGGAUCACAUUGCUUCGCGGCAAUCACGAGACCAGACAAAUCACGCAAGUCUACGGGUUCUACGAUGAAUGCCAGAACAAGUAUGGGAACGCUAAUGCUUGGAAGUAUUGUUGUCGUGUGUUCGAUCUCUUGACCGUGUCGGCUCUCAUCGAUGGCCAAGUGCUGUGUGUCCACGGGGGUCUAUCGCCGGCCAUCCGGACUCUUGACCACAUCCGGCUCAUUGAAAGGAAUCAGGAGAUUCCAAAUAAAGGUGCAUUUUGUGAUCUGGUGUGGUCAGACCCGGAGGAAGUGGAUUCGUGGACAGUGAGUCCUCGAGGAGCAGGCUGGCUUUUUGGUUCGGCCGUCACCUUCGACUUCAUGCAGGGAAAUGACCUCGAACUCAUUUGUCGAGCCCAUCAGCUAGUUCAAGAGGGAUACAAAUACGUGUUCAAUGAUAAACUGGUGACUGUGUGGAGUGCGCCCAACUACUGCUAUCGUUGCGGCAAUGUGGCAUCCAUAUUAGAGUUCCAAGGCGUGCAGAACCGCUCUCCCAAGAUCUUUGAGGCCGUACCGGAUUCGCAACGCGUGGUCCCCGCCCUGGUGACCACACCCUACUUCCUGUGAGACGUGCAAAUUAGAUGCUGUUGCUAUUACUGCUUCUUCCUAUUUCUUCA